CUGUCGGGUUGUUUGGUUUGUGUAAAAGGGUUAGUGUGUUUGUUACUAUUUCUCCGUUUCAUGGAAAUAUUUUACGAAUCGACAAUUUUACGAUAAUAUUUAGAAUAACGAUCGAAACGAAUUCUAAUAUAAAAGUGUAGAUAUCAAAAAAUGUCCGCGAAGACGAAUAAAAGGCGAGAGGAAACGUCCUGCCCCGCUUCUAACAAGAACUGGAUGAUAGGAAUCCUUGGACUUGUAUUUAAUUUGUAAAUCAAGUUGCAAAUUUGCAAGUUGCAUUUGAAGCAUUCCUUGGAAUCAAUAAAUGAAUGAAGUAAGAAGAAUACAUAAUUCAUUUUUCAUAUUUGUGGAUCAGGCAAUAAGACAACCUAUCACUAUAGAGAUCUUCAGUAGUUUAAAUCUGAUUCAGGCUCUCAAAAUUUAUUAUUUGAGUUGGUAGUUUUCUUCAUUAAACAGUAGUAAUUUUAUUAUUGUUUUUGAGGUAGUAGCAAUUUACAGUCCAGUCCUACAAACUUGGGUAUACAUCCUUCGUCUCCUACAUUUAAUAUUUCUUUGUCUAGUCCACCUUCGUAUAAAUCGUCAUCUGGUUUACAGACACCUCCACCAAUUACAUCUGGAAGUACUACCGUUAAUGCAAUUUCUAGUCCCGUUGAAACCAUCGAUCCCAACUGGCAAGCUAGUAAAGCGAGUAUUCGAGAAAGAAAUGCAGCUAUGUUUAACAAUGAACUUAUGAGUGACGUCCAUUUUCUAGUUGGUCCAAAAGGAAAUACACAGCGAAUACCUGCUCAUAAAUAUGUUUUGGCAACUGGCAGUUCAGUUUUUUAUGCAAUGUUUUAUGGUGGACUCGCUGAAAAUAAAUGUGAAAUAGAAAUUCCCGAUGUAGAACCGGCAUCCUUUUUGGCACUUCUGAGGUACUUGUAUUGUGAUGAGAUCAAUUUGGAAGCUGAUACUGUGUUAGCUACUCUGUACGCAGCUAAAAAGUAUCUUGUGCCUCAUCUGGCUCGUGCUUGUGUUUCUUAUUUGGAGACCAGUUUGACUGCAAAAAAUGCAUGUGUUCUUCUUAGCCAAAGUCGUCUGUUUGAAGAACCCGAUCUAAUGCAGCGCUGCUGGGAGGUGAUUGAUGCCCAAGCUGAAUUAGCACUUUCGUCUGAUGGAUUCGUAGAUAUUGACUACAACACUCUAGAGUCGAUCUUGCAACGGGAGACCCUAAACACCAAAGAGUUGGUGUUGUUCCGAGCAGCUGUCAGCUGGGCGGCAGCCGAAUGUGCCCGAAGGGAGUUGGAGCCAACUGCCGAAAAUAAGAGAAUGGUGCUCGGCAAGGCAUUAUAUCUGAUCCGCAUCCCAGCCAUGGCUCUAGAGGAAUAUGCAAAUGGAGCGGCUCAGUCUGGCAUUCUGACUCUACAGGAGACCACCGAUAUUUUUUUAUUCUUCACGGCCUGUAAUAAGCCAAAUUUGAAUUUUCCAACAAAACAAAGGGUUGGCCUCAAAACGCAGAUCUGUCAUCGAUUUCAGUCGUCUGCCUACCGAAGUAACCAGUGGCGUUACCGGGGCAGGUGUGAUAGCAUCCAGUUCUGUGUGGAUAAACGAAUUUUUAUCGUGGGCUUUGGCUUAUACGGGUCAAGCAAUGGCUCUGCAGAUUAUACAGCCAAAAUUGAACUGAAAAGAAUGGGUAAGGUGUUGGCAGAAAAUAAGACCAAAUUUUUCUCGGAUGGUUCCAGUAAUACCUUCCAGGUGUAUUUUCAGCAUCCCAUUCAGAUUGAAGCAGACACAUUUUAUACUGCUUCCACUAUUCUAGACGGAGCCGAACUCAGUUAUUUUGGACAGGAAGGUCUGACAGAAAUUACUGUUGGCUGUGUCACAUUCCAGUUUCAGUGCUCUUCUGACAGCACCAAUGGCACCGGUGUCCAAGGUGGGCAAAUUCCUGAACUUAUCUUUUAUGGACCAUCUCCUGAUUCGUGAAGAUUGCUUUAGCUGCAAUGCCAGAAAUCCCAACCUUUCUUUUUCAUCAUUUUUUGCAGAUUUUUAUUUAUGGGUUAAUGUAUUUUAUUGAUAGCUUCACGUAAUGGUAAUAUGUGUUAAUGCCAUCACUAUUACUCAUUUUAUUUUUCAAAGUAUUCAGUAAAAAUAGAUUUUUUGUUCAUUAAUAUAUUUACUUGAGUAAAUAUACUCAAGAACAAAAAUUCUAUUGUUCAUCCAAUGAUAAGUGUGUGUGUGUGCAUAUGUUCUUAUCAUUGGAUGAACUUGAUAAUCUUUUCACCACUUACUUUUUAUAUACAUAUUUAGAAAUUAGGUGAUAGAUGAAUGUCUACUUUUCUGUAGGUCAUUAGAUAUAUUUCGAAUCAUUUUUUUAAUAUGAGGGAUUAAGUCAUUACAAAAGUUUUAAAUACAAAUCAUUAUUUUCUUUUGCAAAUCCUAAUAAAAGUGGAUAGUUAAUCUCAAUUAAUUAUGAAAAUCUUUGUUAAGGUGAAUAUAUUUUAAAGAACUUUAUGGUUUUCCUUUCGUCUAUUAUAUUUACUCACAGAGAAGAUAAAUUUUUACAUGUGGAUAGCUAACAAAAUUGUUGACUGCCAAGUAGAAUAGAAGACUAGUAGCAAUUAAGAUGAGCUUUUUCUCGCGUGUGGCAAAUUGUAGUACAAUAUUUAUAAUAUAUACAUAUAAAUAUAUAUAUAUAUAUAUAAAUCUAAAUAUAUAAAGAUACUAUGCAUCUCAGCAAAUUGCCAGAAAAUAUGCAGUAAAACAAAUAUAGCAACUUUUUGCCUAAUUUAAAUGCUAUAUUAUAUUAAAAUAUACAUAUAGAAUGUGAAUUGAGAAGGCAUUUUAAUUUUUUAACUUGUAUUAUGUUCAUCUAUUUUGUUAAUUUAGAGGUGUUGUGGUAUUGCAUUGGAAAUUGCUUACGUUUGGAAAUCGAACACACUAGGUAGACAUAAAUUGGGUAUUCAAAAGGCGAAAAUAUUUAGAAAAUUUAUUAUUCUGUUGUUAAUUAAAGUAGCUUUUAUUUUUCAAUAUUUACAUACUGCAAUUUCUUUCUUGUUUAGAAUUGUUUCCUACACUUUAUAUGACAAUGCAGAUUAUUUUAUUGCAGGUAAUUUAUACUGGAAACAUAUUCCGGAAUUGGUAAUUCGUCUCGCUUCUUGCGAGUUUUCAUAGCUUUCUUUGCGUUAACCAAUUACGUUUACAAUACGGAGAGAUUCCUAAUAGUACCAGAGAUAUCGUACACAGAAAAUGCUCAACGUCGUCCAGCCAACGAUCAAAGAAAAAUUUAUACUCUCUUACUCGAACAAAUCAAUUGCCAUCCUUGCAGAUUUUAAAGCUAUAUAAUAAUGUUACAACUUAUUUUCUAUAAAAGUGCAAUUUCAUAACAAACAGAAUUCUGUCUGACAUUUCUCGUCAGACCAUUUUUGGGAGAUUUUGCUAAUUUUCCUUUCUAUUAAGCACUCACGAUGGAAAUCGAAUUACAUUCCGGCAUUGCAAAUAACAGUUUUUUUAAAAUUUGAGAAUAUGGUUUGAAACUACAAGUUGCAAUGCCGACAUGGGGCAAAACAAAUACCAUAACAAUUAAAAAGGAUAAGUGUACAGUCUGGUAACAUAAUGGAAGAGAGCGAGAGGCAUUUAGAUUUCUAGAAUUCCAUUUUUGUUUACAUAGCAAAUUUGUUCCAUAACACCUAAGUAACAUAAUUUGAGACUGUUGUUUUUUGUAUUUCCAGUCAGAUAAAAGUCAAUUUUUACAUAACCAUAUAAAGAAUAGAACUUUUCUGCUUUAAAAAUUCCAGAUGAUUUUCUUAAAUGUUUAGACAGAUUUGUUUGGCUUAUAUAAAAGGCAUUUCCUAAAGAGUUUUAUUUCAUUUCAUGUAAUCAUAUUAAGGAUAAAUGUCAUCAAAACAAUCCAGAAUAUUGUUUAAGCAUGUCAAAUUUCUAAUUUCUAGAAUUUGUCACUUUUGUAACAAAGGAAGGUUUUAUAAAGCAUCGUUAUUGUUAGAUAUAUCUACAUAAAAUAUGGUGGAAUCGUUCAAUAUCGGGCUUUAUUUGGAACUGCCAUAAAAUUGAAAUUUAAGUGGAAUCGAGUGCCAUACGGACGUUUUAUUUUCUAACGGAAGGGAUCAUCUCGGAACAGCGUGGAGUCUGAAGAAGGACGGAAACAAAUUAAGUAAAUAUCCUAGGAUGUGAAAUUGAAGUGUCGUUCGUGCGUGUGCGUGUGUAAAUAAACAGUCCCUGUCUGUUUUGUGAUAACCAAGUAAUGUAAGUUACCCAGUCGACCAAACAAAGCAAUAACUGCUGUAAAUAACCUUUCGUCGGAUGCCACGCGUGAAAAAUUUGAUUAUUGCCAAGUGAUUCUCCCAAAGAGUUUAUAUUUCUCUUUGGAAAUAUAGCAGACUCGCUCUGUGGUAUUCGCACCGGGAACCAAUGCCAUUAACAUGCGGCGAAAGAUUAAUUCUCUAGUCAAAAUGCGGUCCGGACGUAACGUUCUACGUCGGAAAAGCGUGAAAGUAACCUUUUCCUAAUGACGCGAUGUACGACCAAAUCUUAUCAAAAUAAAGAAUGCCAUAUUCCACAACAUUGUACCUUACUUUCUGAUCGCAUUUUUAAAUUGUGAUACGCGGAUGACUCGUCCCAAUUCACAAAAAUAUUCGGGGCUACUAAUUUGCAUUUGUUUAAUUAAAGUAUAAUAGAAAAUUUGUAAUUUUUAUCUGCGAAUAAAUAGGAGUUGGAGGCUCCGAAUAUUACUACCAAUUUGCAAACGAUCUGGAUUUAAAUAGUGAAUUAUCGAAUAACUUUUUUACCCAAUUGAAAUUACUGCAUUUUUACAGACAAGCUUGUAGAAAGAAAGGAAUAUAUUAAAAACUAUUUUAAUAUCUAGGAAUGAGAAUUGCAAAUAACACUGCCGCCACGAAAACUCGUUAAUCAGAAACAUGAUUUGACAUUUACCGGAGUCGACGGAGGGGGAAUAGAGUUUCAAAAUUCGGUAAGAGAAAAGUGAAACGAUGCUUUACUGUGACAACAGACAAUGCCGGAUAAAUUGUUUUUGGAAUGAUUACAAGGAUUUUAAGAAAUUGAUGAGGAGAGGACUUUAUUGGGGAGAAAGGGGACGAAACCGAACCCGUUCUACCCGAAAGACCUUUAAAAAUUCGAGUGCCACGACCGAAAGGUUUUUUCCUCCGUCGUCGUUUGCCGGUCGCUUUCUUUAUGUCAACGAAACUUUGCCUUCGAAAUAUUGGCAUUACGUUAGUUUUAUACUUUCAUAACUUUUUGCCCAUAAGUUUCCUACUUUCAUAAUUUGAAACCCAUUGCAUUGCUUUUGAAUACCAAAUGCUUUUCAAAUUACAUUUGAAAAGUGCAAAGACGCUCUUUCCCGGCGAGUAUCUACAAUGCCCCAGAGGAGUGUAGGCGAAAUUAUCUUCCUACACCCUAACCGGCCGAAAGUGAAGAACAGCAUUUUAUGCAAAAAGUAUUGGUCGAAGAUCUUUGUUUUCGUGUAACAAAUCAAAUGUUCUAUAAAAGAAAUCUUAGAAUAUAUCCAACGCGAAAACAGGGCCACGGCGGCUGCCGAAUUUUCUGUUGUAAUUGACGAAGUGUAUAAAAAGCACAUCUCCAUUUAUUGCCAGGUAGCGAUAACGACAAAGUAUUAUUUUACGCCAUCUAUCGGUGCUUCCAUGAAGUCCGAACCACGUCCCGCGGUCCGAGGUUACGCAUCUUCGCUUUUACGUUCGUAAUUUGCGGAAUAUUUACUCGAUUUCGGGGGCCCUCUGGACGCCCGUAGUCUAAAAGAAUCGCUCCAGUAUUCUGAGAACAUUACGUUAGAAACGAAUCGAAAACGAACGUAAUUUUCGCGAAUUAUAAAAUUCAAACCGAGAUUUCCUUUCCGAUUUUCAUUGAAUGUUUCUUCAUUGAUGAAAAGCAUUAGUAAAACAUACUAAAAAUAGCAUUAAUUUUAGAGAGAUCGGGACCCGUAAAUUUUCUCCGGGUCCGAGACAGGUCUAGAGGUAAACCUUUCCGGAUCCGGUUUCUUUUUCCGCCCUGUGGGCACUAAGAGGGCCUCUUUUAGUAAGCUUAUUAUUGAUUCGGCCAGACCCACAAUGGCCGGGUGAUGAGGGACGGGGGCCAACGUAUCCGGAA